AUGCCUUUGAGCUGUUAUCGUCCACCAGAGUACGAGAUCCCACAUGAAAAGACAAAGAACCAAGGGUUAGUGCUUGACAGCGUACAGCAAUUACGACUUGCGACACUCGACGUACCAUCUCCAAAAGCUGAUCAAGUACAGAUACAAAUCAAGACCAUGGGCAUAAGCAGCACCGAUAUCCAGCUAUGGAGAACAGGUCAUACAGGCAACAUGCCAUUGUUCGCACCUCAAUUACUCGGUUGUGAAGGGGCAGGCAUUAUUACGGCAGUAGGCUCAGCUGUGCAGCAAAGGUUUCAGGUUGGUGAUCGUGUAGCCAUUGAAGCAGCUAUACCCUGUUCGCAAUGCAACUUUUGUUUGGAUGGCCGAUACAACUUGUGUACGCAACUCUGUUUUCGAGGAAUGCCACCUUACGAUGGAAUAGGUGCUCACUAUGUCACACACCCUGCGGAUUGGUUGCACAGAUUACCGGAAACGAUCACGUUUCAAGAAGCAGCCAUGUUGGAUCCACUCUCAGUGGCCAUUGCAGGAAUCGAUCGUGCAAGGAUUGGAUUUGGCGAGUCGCUGCUUAUUACCGGAUGCAACUUGCUUGGAUUAUUGACAUUGAUGGUUGCCAAGGCUACUGGUAUCAGUCCUGUGGUUGUGGCGGGUGCACCAGGCGAUCCUCUUGAUAUGGCCAUCCAUCUAGGUGCUGAUUAUACCCAAAUAUUGGAUCCAAAGUGGAGCGAGCAAGAAAUUGUCCAAAAGAUUCAUGCAAGCGUUGAUGGUGGAACGCAUUGUGCUAUUGAUUGUAGUGGAGAAGAGCUGGCUUUGCGGGUCGCAAUCAUGACAACCAGGCUUGGUGGCACAUGUUGUCGGGUGGGAAUUGGACAAGCGGACCAAACAGUGCCUGUCAGUGCAUUCGCUUUACGUGAUGUAACAUUACGUGGUGUUCACAGGCAUCAUCAUACCUAUCCACGCGCUAUCGAGCUCAUCGCUAGUGGACGCAUUGACGUGAAUCAACUCAUCUCACACACCUACCCAUUGUCACAAGCAGCUCAAGCAUUUCAAGUAGCCACAACACCUGGGGCCACCAAAGUUCAGCUCACCAAUUGA